UUGACCCCUUCUUCCUGUAAACUUAAAACACUGACCAUGAACCACUCUCCACAUCUGUCUGAGGGAAGCAAGACAACAGUAGGUGAUCUACUGUGCAGUCUGCGCAUGGAUUCAGACAGGGACAUUCAUUCCCCUGAAAGUGUUGCCCAAACCCCAAGCCCCAAUGGAGAAAUCCUGAGCUCCAGUACUCCACCGCUGCUUUCACCUGGGCUAGGAGGCCUGGGAGCAUUGGCCAUCAUUGGUGAGGUUCCUGGGGCAGACUGGGAGAGCAGAGAAGAGCUGAGACUCAGAGAGCUCGAGGAAGCCCGAGCCAGAGCAGCUCAGAUGGAGAAAACCAUGCGGUGGUGGUCAGACUGCACUGCAAACUGGAGAGAAAAAUGGAGCAAGGUUCGCGCAGAGCGUAACCGUGCACGUGAGGAAGUUCGCCAGCUGAGGCAGAAGCUGGAUACUCUGACCAAGGAGCUGAGCGGUGCUCGACGGGAGCGUCAGGAAUUUCUAUCAGAGAAUGAGAUGCUACGAAAGGAUGGGGUACAGCUUUACAGUGAUUUUACACCUCUUCCAGUCAUAAGUUGUGCCUCCAACCCUGCACACCACCACUGUAUUUUUUCUGCCUCUUUCUGUCCAUCCAUUGUAACCUCCACAUCUUCAACGCAAGUUCAUUCUGAUUGCAACGUAGAUAUAUUAAGUGAGCAGUUACCUGCAUCUCCAGAGCCUGAACCGGUGAGGGAUAUGAACGCACAGAAAACAGGUCAGCAAAAGGAAAUGGGGCUCCCGCAGUCUCUGCUGCAUUUAAGAAGUCCAACAGGCGACAAUCAAGGGCCUUGGUACUAUCAGAGUACCCAUGGUGGCAUUAAUUCUUGUGGCGCACACUCAUCUUCUGGUCUGAGUCGGCAAGAACGCAACAGGCAUCUGUGGGGAGAUAUAAGCACCACAGAAGAUGAGUUAAGCAAACUCCAUGCCUUACAGCUUCGUCUGGACGAGUCACAGAAAAUUCUGUCGAAGGAGAGAGAAGACAAGCUUGAAUUGAGUAAGACUAUUGAGAAGCUGGAGACAGAGCUCAGUCAGUGGAAACUUAAAUACGAGGAGCUGAGCAAGAGUAAACAGGAAAUCCUUAAACAGCUGAAUCUGUUGAGGGAAAAGCAUCAAGAUGAACUUGGUCGAAUAUCUGAAGACCUGGAGGAUGAACUCGGCGCUCGUACCACUAUGUACAAGAAACUAGCUGAAUUACGAACUGAGAUGGAGAGGUUGCAGUUGGAGAAUGCAGCAGAAUGGGGUCGUAGAGAACGUUUGGAGACAGAGAAACUGGCACUGGAGAGGGACAACAAGAAGCUCAAGGCUCAAACUGAAGACUUGGAAGAACAAAUUGCGAAGAAACGCCACCAGGCUGCAACAGCGAUCGACACCGACAUCAAGGGCAUCCAGACUGACUUGUUUGAGAAAAACAAGGAGUUGUCUGAUCUUCGGCACAUUUAUGCUAAGCUGAAGAAGCAAUUCCAGGACAAGACAGCAGAGCUAGCCCACGCAAACAGGAGGGUGGAGGGCCAUGAAGCUGAAGUAAAAAAACUGCGACUGCGGGUUGAAGAGUUAAAGAAAGGAUUAGGACAGGCUGAAGAUGAGCUGGAUGAGUCCAAUAACCAGACAAGAAAACUCCAGAGGUCUUUGGAUGAACAAGUAGAGCAGACCGAGAACCUGCAGGUACAAUUAGAACAUUUACAAUCCAGACUUCGACGACAGCAUAUAAGCCCAGGUCUUUUUGGGAGGAUGAGAUCAGCUCAGUUCACCCCUGAUAAUACAGAUGGUCCAACCAGUGACAUGGAUGAGGAAGAGGAGCAACUGCAGCUUGAGAUCCAUGGAUGACACAAACACACACACGCAGUGUCAUUGCUGAGAGGAAUAUAUAUCUUCAAAAAUGAGUCAAUGUGCAAGAUUGUUAGGCAAGUGUGUAUUUUGACCAUAUGAUCAUUUAUAUGCAAUUUUCCAACUCCAUGCUGUAUAAUCUUGAAUGCUUACUCAAUACAAGCAUAUCAAGUGAUUUGUAUUCAUGUAAUGAGCAAUGUUAGGGCCUAAGGAGAUUAACACCCUAUAUCACAGUGUGCAUAAUUAUUAGGCGGCUUGUUUUUCUCAGGCAAAAUAGGGCAACAAAAAA